AUGGAGUACCCACAGAUAACAGGAACCUCAGCACUUCCCUACCCAGUCCUACCUCCCAUAUCAACCAAGGGGCCGCUACCAGAAGCGCUGACUUCACCAAAGUCUCCUGGUUCCGGCUCCAAAUCCAUCUUCGCAUUUUGGCACUCUGGUAUCCAUACCCUACCUCCCAACCUUCUACGUAAUGUCAUCGCUUGGUACCGCCGCUUCUCACCACUGGGAUGGACCAUCUACGUGCUUGACAACGUGCCAAAUUCCACACUCAAUGUAGCCAACUAUAUCAAUACCAAUUCGCCUUCAGUGGUACCAGCAGCGUUUACGCACGGCACCUUGAACGGGCACUAUGCCGCACAACAUACCUCAGAUCUCAUCCGGUAUCCACUCUUGCUGAAGUACGGUGGUGUAUAUCUCGAUGUCGGUAUUUUGCAAUUCGGAGAUCUGGAUCGGUUAUGGGCCGAACACAUUGUCAACCCAGACUCGCCAUACGACUUCGCCGGAUUCACAAUGGGUUCAGAUCUGCAGAUUGUCAACUUUGCGCUCAUGUGCGGUGCGAACAAUCCGCUUGUGCGACGAGCACAUCACAUAUUGCUUCAGGUCUGGGAAGGCAAGACGAACACAACCGGUGCACAUGCACAUCCAUCUGUGUCGCAUGUUCCGCUCAUGCGUGUGCCGCAAGAGGUAAUAGUGGAGGAUGAGGGCCAGGAGAAGAUGGUCAUCAACGACGAGGCAAUGACCGACUAUGCAGUCCAGAUUCAGUGUAUGAGAUCUGCGCAAAGCUGGGUGAAUGAAGCAGAUGACUGGGAUGGACCAAAAUACGUCAGAGAAAAGUGCUGGCUGUUGAGCAUGAUGGACGGGGCCUUCGCACACGAGCAGAUGACAAGUUGGAGCGGGCAGCGACAAUUCGACCUUCUAAGCCUUCCAUUACCCAAGCCGGGCGAGGCUGAGACAGAAGAUCAAAAAUUUGCGAGGCGCAUCGUAGAGAAACUGGUGGCAGAUAGCUGGUGUCUGAAGCUCGGGCACGGCUUUUCGGCGAAGUUGUUUGGGGGUGACACAUUGGGCAUGCUUUGGAGGAAGCAUCCCGGCAGUGACUGCGCACAUGGAACAUACGCUGGAUGGUUAAGAUGGGCAGAAGUGAGUUGUUGUCGCGACGAGGAAGUUGUACCUAUGGAGGUUCCGGUAUAUGAACCGACCAUGCGAGCGAAGCUGUUGUUAUAG